UGUGGCGCCGCGGCCGUGUUUGAGUGUGUUACCGUCGCUGUUUGUGUGAUAUUGUUCAUAAGUGAACUCCAGGACCCAUAGUGCCUCCUUAACUGCUCAUUCCUACUCCACUCUCAGGGAACACUAAGUGCCUCACAGUGAUGGUGCUUGACGAAGCCAGACCUUAAUCACCCUCAACUCCGCCCCAUUAUGGUGAUGUGCGCUUCACAUUCCACCACCAAAAGAACCUUUUGAAAACAUUCCGCUGCCAAAUGGUAACUUAAUCAGGAAGCCACAGUUCAAACGGUGUCACAUUUGUACAAAGUUAGGAGCAAAAUGGAGCCCUGUGUAAAGGAGUCUGCGCCCUCGGCCCGCCCUCAGCAGCCGCCUGCGGGAGAUGCGGGCUGCCCGCAGCCGCAGGGUGCCGGGCCGCAGUACCAAGGCGGGUAUGGGUGGAGGAGCUCCGGCGGGGCCGGCCAGGGGCCAAGGAUGGCCGGGGGCGGCGGCGGCUUCCUCUCCAGGACCCGCAUCGUGGCCAGCCUGGCCAAGAGUGUCAACAUGGCGUCCCUCGCCCGCCAGCCCGAGCCCAAGCCCAAGGAGAUCGACCAGGACGAGGCUUUCGUGGAGGAGUCCGGCAUCAAGCUUUUCCAGUCCAGAACCAAGUCUGAUGGCCACGACGACCACGACGACGACGGCGGGGGUGAUGACGACGGCGAAGACGACCCCCUGUACGACCUGGACGUCCUGGACGACACUAUCGUCGAGGAGGGCGAGGAUGAGGAGGAAGAAGAUGGGAAACUUGAAGAAAAGCAUAAAGAUGAAAUAGAGGAGAUGCCAGAAUUAUGUGGGGAGGCGAGGGAACAGCAGGAGCAGCAACAGCAGCAGCAGGAGCACCAACAGCAGCAACAGCAACAACAGCAACAGCAGGAACAGCUACUGGUGGAAAUAGUUGUCCCCCUGGCAUCCCAGGAGGAUUUAGGGAGGGCGGAGCGCAGUAGCAGCAGCAGUGUGAGCAGCAGAAGCAGCAGCAACACCAGCAGCGGCAACAACAGCUUCACCAACGUCACCAACGCCAACAGUCAUAAGACCAACGGUAUUGUGAGCACCUGUGGAGGGGGCGGGGUUGAGGGCGGCGGGCCGCCCAACAAGAGGGACUCCUGCAGCAGCAGCAGCGGCAGCUCCAGAGACUCUGGCAUUAGUGACGGUUGGGGAGAGCCUCUGUCACGAGGCCGCCCACACCGCCUCUCCCUGCCGCCCUCCUCACGCCCACGACACCAGUUCACUAUACGCAGGGUGGCCGAGGCCGAGGCGGCGCCCGCCCGCAGGAACAAUGAUUUCAUCGACGCCCGUCUGGCGGAGCGGCGUAGCCCGGACCCCAGCGCCGCCCCGAGACCCGCCCACACGCCCAUCUGGUUCAAGCGGCACACUACGGCUAACUCGGGGUGUCCGUGGUGUUGGUUUCGUGGGUUCCUCCCAACCGUCUCCUCUCAGCCUGCCACCAAACUCCAGUGGUGCUCUUCCGAUCGUCCCAUCUGUUGGGGUUUGCAGUCCGCGCGGCAUCGUGCACGAAUCGUCCCGGCGUGUCUUCCGGCCUGUCAGGAUAUAUCAACCGUGGGGCCUUGCAGCAAGAUCCAGCAGGGAGAUAUAUCAGCAGACCCCUCGGAUAUAACGGUGUCCCGCACCCUGGGGUCGGCCGCUGGAGAGCGAGAUGACAGCCUCUCUCAGCCUCCCAGCGUCAGGCCGCGAUCUGGCACUUGGAGUGUCGCUAAUUCCCGUAGAGUCAAGAUUAAAGCUGAGAAGGAAGAAGAAGCCUCCUUCCGUCAGCGUCGUAAAUCAGGAGAUGAUAUUCUAGCAGCUACUUCUAGCGCCACCAGCAACAUUGCCAGUGUCCGUCGUAAGGAGGGCGGCCCACAGGGUUUCUUUGACUCCUUCAGGCCUCGGUCAAAGUCAGAUGCCAGAGCUAUAUUGGCAGCAAGGCAGAGGCGGAAGUCUGGAGACGAUGUUCUCAACACAGCUGUUAAAGAGAAGGAAAAAAAGAAGGAAACAUCACAAGGAUUUUUUGAUUAUAUUGGCCGACGACCGCGCUCCAAGUCUGAUGCGUCACGUGUUGCGAAGAAACCUAAUAUUAUAACUUCAAUGAAAAAUGCUGUCCAGAACUGGAGUGAUGAGAAGGAGCGUAGAAGGAGGGAGCGUGAGACUCAGCGUCGGGAGAGGCAGUUGAUGCUGGGUCGCUUCUCCGUGUCGUGUCAGCAUACACUAGUGUCACCAAGUGGCAGUAAUCGCAGUGGUCGAAGAAGUGGUGACGUCACACCCGUCGAUCAUCAUGCAGGUGACGAUGUGUAUCACACGUGGCAUGCGGGUGCACCACAUCCUGGUCUGCAGACAAGAAACCGUGCACCUGACAGCAACAGAACGGGUCUAUCUAAAGUGAUGGAACUAUUCCGAAGUCAUCGCGGAGAGACAACUGAGGAGCGGCAGCGCAGGAAGAGUGGAGGAAAAUAUGCAGAGAAAGGUCAAUUACGAAGACUUCCCAGUGAAACUGAUAAAAAACGUCAUGGCAGUGGAACACUACAGCCUACGUAUGUACGUGGUGAAAUGGAUCCAAAUCAAGCAGCCAUGCUUUUCCGUGACUCGAGAGGGCUACCGUAUGCUGAUCCCUUCUUGGAGAACAUCAGCAGGAGUGACUUAGAGGAGGAUGAAACGCAAAUUUUUGUCAAGUUCUUCGAGUUCCACCACACUUAUGACCUAAUCCCCAUCAGUGCCAAACUCGUGGUUUUUGACACCAGGCUCCAAGUUAAGAAGGCCUUUUUUGCAUUGGUUUACAAUGGAGUUCGAGCUGCCCCGCUCUGGGAUUCUGAACGGCAGCAGUUUAUUGGCAUGCUCACAAUCACAGACUUCAUCCGUAUUCUUCAGAAUUUUUAUAAUUCACCGAAUCGUAAAAUGGAAGAGUUGGAGGACCAUCGCCUUGAAACUUGGCGAACGGUACUGAAGGAUGAAGCUCGGCCGUUAAUCAGCAUUCGACCGGACGAGUCUUUGUAUGUUGCUAUACGAUCUCUCAUCCAUCAUAAAAUUCACCGUCUCCCCGUCAUCGAUCCCGCCACGGGCAAUGUUUUGUAUAUUGUCACACACAAGCGCAUUCUCAAGUUCCUUUACUUAUAUAUCAAUGAGCUGCCCAAGCCGUCCAUCUUGCAGAAGCCACUAAGGGAAUUGGAAAUAGGCACGUAUAAAGAUAUAGAAACGGCAAGUCAGGAUACGCUCAUCAUAGAAGCUCUUAAUAAGUUUGUGCAACAUAGAAUCUCUGCCUUGCCUAUUGUUGAUGAUGAAGGAAAGCUUGUUGACAUAUAUGCCAAGUUUGAUGUCAUAAAUCUUGCUGCAGAAGGAACAUACAAUAAUCUUGAUGUGACGCUCCUCAAAGCAAAUGAGUACCGCAACGAGUGGUUCGAACAGGUUCAUAGUUGCACGCUCGAUGAAACGCUCGGGACCAUCAUGGAGCGUAUCGUGAGGGCAGAAGUGCAUCGUUUGGUCGUGGUGGAUGAGAAAAGACGGGUUGUGGGUGUCAUAUCUCUAUCCGACAUUCUCAAAGAACUCGUUCUGAAACCAUGUAACGAUGUUGAGCCCGACGGUUUGCGAUCGGCGAAUGUGAGCCAAAUGGCGGAAGUAGUGCUUAGUCAUCAAGAAUCAAACUUGUCUGCAAAAUCUUCUGCAGAUAGUUCUCAUUCUGAUAUCAACACAGAUCCUCCAACUGCCUCAACUUUAAACAUCAAUGGUGUCCACGUGACGGAGAGCGACGAAAGCAUUGACGGAAAGUGGAGUAGUGAUGACCGCUUAAGUCAAGCCUGUAGUAAUAGUAGUGGACAGGGAAAUGAGAGCUCUUCAAAGUCAUUCCCAGCAGACAGUGAAGAUGAAGCACGUUUCUGUAUAGAGGGUUCUGAUGGUACAGCACCUAUGCCACCACCAGAAGUCAUUCCCAUCACAGGGUGAAAGAACGUAAUAAACAGUGUAAGUGGUUUGCCUAAUACUACAUACAUUAUUUACCAACGAAGAAAAAACAUAAUAUCAAUUGGAUGAUUUUCUUUUUUAAUAAAUAUGAAUAUCAUUCAACAUAUAUGCCACUAUGGACACUUUUCUCACAAGCGAUUCCUUUUCAUAUUGAAGAAAAUUGUGAUAGAUGCAAUUUGGAUAGCACAUCAGGUAAUAUAUGCCUUUUUUCCAGUCUUAAGUUUGCAUUCAUGAUCUCUUCCACAUAGAGUGCAAGGAAAGACAAAUUGAAGUUGUCAGGUUAAGCAGUAGCCAUUUGUAGCAGCAUAUUACUAUAUUUAACUGAAAUGUGAUAAGCUGGCACUCUUAGGUAGCCGACCCCUUAGCCUAGCACGAAUUUUACUUCAUAAUCUGCAGAAGCAAGUGUGGCAGUGCUUUGGAGAAAUUAAACAUAACACUGCUACCUAGCUUCAAAUUUCUAUUUAACAGGAGGACUAAAUGUGUAUCCACUGAUGUCCAGGUUAGUGCUUUCAGAGAUACUCUUGUCAGUUCUGCUAGUGCUUCUUCAAGGACUAUUUGGCAAACUUUGUUCCAUAGUGAGUGACAAGUGGAUGACAAGAUUAAUGGUAUGAGAAUGUUCAUAUGCUGAUGAAAAUUUCUCAUUACAUGCCUUUAAACUUAACUAAAAUAUUGUCAUUCAUGGCCAUAAAGAAAAAUAUUGUGAUACACUUUAGCAUUAAAUUAAUUACAUCAGAAGAUUGCACUUCAGUAUUAUUUUUAUUCUUUUACACUUAUUUGACCAGAAAUACAGUGUAAGUGAUGAUUUGCUGUCACAGUUGCUGCUAUGUUGGCAGCAAAAAUACACAAGUAUAUCAUCAAAGUCUUGGCUUGCUGACUGGGGCCUUGUCAUAGCAGUACAGCCAAAAGCAAUUUAUCUAUAUCAUGCUGACCCUUAUCCCAAGAGUUGGAGGCCAUUGCAACUAGGCUCGUGUUACCACAAACCUAACCACACCUUUGAGUGAAACAAUGAAGUCUCAUCACUUAGUGAACUGAAGCUAUUGUCAACACCAGGGGUGAGGGUUAGCAUUGUAUAAUGCUUUUGCUAGGAAAUUGAGUAAAGCUGGUUUUUUACUUAUCUUCCUGAAAGGAAGAGAAAAAAAACUUGUAUACACUGCUGUACAAAUAGAGCCCUGGUUCAGCCACUUUCGUGAUAUGUUGAAAUAAAUGCUAUUUUUUAAGGUGAGGGAUUCCAAUAGUGCAAAACUCCUUAUAAUUAAGUCUGGGCCUUAUCUUAAUUUUUACCACAAGGUCAGAGUUUUAGUGGACUAUUUCAUAAGAGGAUUUGACAUUUUGAUGCCUACAGGAGUACUUAAUAAUGACUGUCCAUAUGACUGUUCACCCCUUGCUCAAUACAUGUAUUAGGUCUUUGGCAGCAAGGAAUGGGGGAGGGGGGGGGCUUAUUCACUGUCAAGAAUUAAACCUGUUCAACUUGCACCUCUUAGAAAAAUAAAAGGUAAGGUUUAAGUGUAUUGGGACAACUGUUCAAGAUAUGAUCACAACCGAGCAAGAGUUAGCUGUAACAGUGCUACAUGCAACGAAAAGUAGAGUGUUUUAUAAUGUGAUGGUAAAAGGCAGGCUGAAGACAAAGUGCAAUUGUGGUUUUACGUUGCCAGCUGAUAUGUAAAGCACUUCCUUUUCUUGUUACUUGAGGGAGUCUUGGAGGUUCAUCCUGUAGUUCAUCACUGUGGUUAAGAGCUGUGUUCAUCCUCAUUGUUUAACACAAUUACUUGUUGUAUUUUGUGCCUCAUUGUAACUUUUUUAUGAAUUAUUCAUCCAUUGUUUAGCUUGUAAAUAAUGAGUAAUAUUGAUAUACCAGUUAGACUUAUGCCUUGUACAUAACAAUGUAUUCCUUGACCCAAGUAUAAUAAAAGAUUUAAUAAUUAUGA